UCUUCAGCAAGAUGGACACUAGCAUCGGAGAUCAGAAUAGCUAAUUCUUACAGUAGAUGUUACCAGGGCAAAAUGAUGAGGAAAAGAUAUCCAAGUGACACUUCGUGGGGAUGCAACAAGAAACAUUUAGCAAUUUUCAUGAUUAUUCUCAUGUUGCUCUUUGGAAUAAGUUCCCCGCUGUGGAAUCUAUUUGCCAGGGUGUCCCAUGAUGGAUCAAAACCUUACCAGGUGCACAUUUCGCUGGGCGACACUUUGUCUGAGAUGACAGUGAUGUGGGCUACAGUUGUGGAAGGGGAGGCUGGGGUACUGUAUGGCAAAAGUUCCCAGCUGGAUCAGGUUGCCUUGGGUGAAAGCAAGAAAUUUGUGAAAACCAACGAAGAGGGGAUGCAUAACAUCCACAGAGUUCAGUUACGAAACCUGGAAUUGGAUACUGUUUAUUAUUAUAAAGUGAGAACGGGAAGGUAUUCCAGCAGGACCUUUUCUUUUAGAACUCUGUCAGAAGAUUCUAACUGGACUCCUGAAGUGAUAAUUCUGGCUGACAUGGGCAGCAGUUCCAAAUGUAUCAGACCAGUCCAGACCCAAGUUCAAAGAGGGAAUAUCUCAGCUGUAUUCCAUGUUGGAGACUUUGCAUACAAUCUCAAUAGCAAUGGCGGAGAAAGGGGAGACGAAUUUCUCAACCGCAUUGAAGGUAUUGCAUCCCGUACUCCUUACAUGACGUGUCCAGGGGAUCACGAGGCCUUUGAUAAAUUCAUGCACUACAUGUACCGCUUUUCAAUGCCUCAUUCCCCCUGGCCUAUUCCCCUGGAUAAACUUUGGUAUAGCAUCAACAUUGGGCAGGCCCAUUUUGUCUUCUAUUCCACUGCUCUGUAUCAGUCCAACCCAGAGGUUGCCAAGAUCCAGAAUGACUGGCUUUUUAAAGACCUAUCCCAAGCUAACAAAGAGAGAACUCUACGCCCUUGGAUUAUUGUAUUAGGCCAUAAACCACUGUAUUGUUCUAAGUCAGUUAAGUUCACCCAGGAAUGCAACAUCAAGGACUCCGUCAUAAGAGAGAAUGUGGAAAGAAUGUUUUAUGAUUUUAAAGUGAAUUUGAUAUUUUCUGGACAUGUGCAUGCUUAUGAGCGGUACUACCCCCUUUAUGAAAAUGUAGUCAUGCAGAGGAAUUAUAUAAAUCCAGUUGCCCCUGUUAGCAUUAUUACAGCAUUAACAGGGAUAUCAGUUGUCCCGGAGAGUUAUGACGAAGAAAACCCUAGGACUGCAUACAGAAUGGCAAGUGAAAAUCGAGAGGCAUUUGGAAAGUUGAAAAUUAUCAAUUCAACACAUCUCUCCUGGGAAGUUGUGUAUUCAGACACCUUGCAAAGUUUGGAUAAAAUGUUAAUGGUUCAAACAAAAUUACCAAUUGUUACAGAGGAAACCAUUUCUAGAUUAAAAUCUUACAUGAAAGAUAGAAUUUUAGCUGAUGCUAAAUGGGUUCUUACUGAAAAGAUUCAUUCCACAUUGUAUCUGAUUUUGUACCUUUUUGGUCUUUCAGCAAUUCCUACUUUUUUAAUAGUUCUUUUCAAGUUUUUGAGAAAAUGAUAAGAAUUUAUCAAAAUAGCUUUUGGAAAAUUGGUAGUUUAUUUUGGGAUCAAUUUUUUUAAAUUGUAAGUGAAAGAAAUUGUAUAAUU